GGUUCUGUUUUGACUUUUCAUAACCUAGAGCCUUGAUGUGUUACCUGACAACUGCGAUAUGUUAUCUUUCAUUUACAAAAAAGAGCCGUAUAACUAUUUUUUAUCAUUACAAAUUUGAUAUUUUUCCUGCCAAGGUGCAUUUGGCGUGUUUUGGCUAGAAAUAUUUUCUUUGAGUAGUUGCAAGAGGCAUGGACAUAAUGGACGUGUCAACGGGCAGUACUAACAGAGCUUGGAACAAAAGAGCAUUUCUUAAAUAUGGAAUGAUUGGCCUCGCUGUUACAGUCAUAGUUAUAACUGUGGCGGUGGUUGAAGCAAAACGUUCAAGUGAUUUUAAAGAUUUACUUGACAAACUACCAGCAGAAGACACAGCUGCUGACUCGUCACAUCAGGAUGUACCAUGGAAGGGCACGUAUAAACUAGCAGGUGAGUUUCACAAUGUGUAUCCAAACUACACGUCCGCAUAUGACAUAACAUAUAAAUCUGCACAAUGUACGUUUAAAGGAUUGAGAGACAAUAUAAUCAUUAGAUUUAUUAUGUUGAUGUUUCAUAUAAUCUAUAUAAUCAGUGUUUUGAAAUUCAAUUCAACUAAACAUUCAAUGAUAUAUGUAAUGGAUAUGUAA